UCCAGUAUCACCACAUUCCACUCCAUCUUUGAGUAGGAGCGACAUUGCAGGUGCUGCGACUACUCGUACUCGAACUCGAAAUGGCUCCCGUAAGGUCAACAACAGUAGCACAGGAUUCUCUUCGCUUUUACCUAGAACCCUAAACUUACCACAUAGAAUAGUCUCUUCUUAUGCAGUACAACUCUUUACUCUCAUAAUGAUAUAUUCAUUUUGCAUAACGACUGUUUUUUUUAUAUUCUUCGUCUCGUACCUUCUUACGUUUUACGAUGAUACCCGGAAAAUGCUACGAAAUUCACGCGCUUGGGCCAAAUUAAAAAGCGGGGUUAGAGAAAAGAUAUCUAUGUUAGGCGAUGAUUGGGAGGACUUCCUGCAAACUUAUUUCGAUCAAUCUUGUGAAGGUGUAGAUGCGAACAAGAAUGGUCACCUUGGUGGUUCAAACAUGAACAAUCAUGGACAGAAUUUUUUCGAAGGAAAACAAGACGAAUGGGAAGAAUGGCUCAAAUGUACGAUAUUUAAAUUUAUUACGACAGUCGCAGGUCAAGAUGCCACAAUUAAAUUCCAACAAUCAGCUGCUUCAUUCCAAUCCUCAUUUUUUGGUCGUCCAACGACAGCAGCGGGCGAUGGUGGGAAACGAUGA